GGUUCUUAGUUUCUGUUUGCUUCGUUUCAUCAUCAUCGUAUAUAACACAUAUAAAAGCACUCGAUCGGCAAAUUUUCCGGGAAUAUCACUCUCUCUCACUCACAGUAGAAGAAAGAAAACAGAGAAGAAGAUGGGAGUAUUCACGUUCGUUUGCAGGAACGGUGGCGGAGAGUGGACGGCGAAGCAACACGAGGGAGACCUUGAGGCCUCUGCUUCUUCUACCUACGAGCUCCAGCGCAAGCUCGUCCAAGUUGCUCUCUCCGCCGAUUCCUCUGGCGGCGUUCGGUCUUCAUUUUCUCUUGUCUCCCCUACCUCCGCCGUAUGCCAGGUGAUUGUCGGUGGUGCUGUUGGUGGAGGAUUUUCUGCUGGAGGAGCUGCCUCCGGUGGAGGUGGUGGUGGUGCGGGUGAAGCUGCAGCCGCCCCCAAGGAGGACGAGAAGAAGAAGGAAGAAUCAGAAGAGGAAGAAGGAGACUUUGGGUUCGAUCUCUUCGGUUAAGAUGACAAAUAGUAUUUGGAGGCCCUUAGUUUGAGCUCUUCCUUUGGUCUCUUCAAUUUUUUGAGGGAUGUUGCUACGAGGGCUUGGUUCUCAAUUCCAUUUACCCUCAUUUUCAAGAGUCUCUGAUGUAAUGACAAGUUUCUCUUUUGAUCAUAUUAUAUACACUGGCUCCUCUUCGUAGAAUGAAAUAAUAUUGGCUCAAAACAGA